GUCCGAUCUCUCAGAUACCCGGUCAGCAUUUUCUUGUCUCACCACAACCUUCUAAUUUUUUUCAAGCACCUUCACCUCAGCAUCGUCAGAAAAAUUCUAGUAUUUUUGAGCAUAAACAUGUUCUCCGGCUCGAGAGGACGAGGAAGAGGAGGAAGCAGGAGUAACAGAACACCAGCAGCAAUCGAUCCGGAUCGGACGGUUAGGGAGACUGAUAUCGACGCUUCUGUUGCUCGAUUAUCCGCGAUCUCUAAAAACUACAUACAAGAUGAAUAUGCGGAGUUGUUGAUGUCUUGUCAAUACGGGGGGAGUCAAGAGAUGAUGAUCAGAAGACCACCAUGGGUGAACAUAGGAACGCAUCAUCGAACAUACCUGAUCGACGAGCUAGUCUCCAGCUUCUUAGGCCCACCCGAUCACAAUCAACAGGAACAAGAAGGAGAAGCAACGACGAAACAAGUGCUCUCGUUAGGCGCAGGGAGUGAUAGUCGAUUCUGGCGUCUCAAGAGUCGCUUUGAUCGAGAGAAUAAUACGUGGCCAAAUGGUCGAUGGGUCGAAACCGAUCUGCAACCAACAGUGACAACCAAGAUUGAAAAGAUCGUGUCGAGUGAAAAGCUGAGGCAAGUCUGUGGGGAGGACCCGAUCGUGCUAAGGUCCGACGACCCCGACCCUACGUCUUCUUCCGAUCGGCCGCCGACCGAGCUCCAUAGUCCGCAUUACUCCCUACUCUCAACCGACCUGCGUCGGCCGACGGAGCUGGUCGCCAAACUCAGCAGCCCCGAUCCGACUUCGACCACAAGUGGACACUCGCUCCUAUGUCCUGAAACACCCACCCUGAUCAUCGCCGAACUCGUCUUUCUUUACUUAUCCCCUACCCACACGCAUACUUGUCUGCAAUCUCUGGUCGACUAUUUCCGUGGUCCGUUGAUGAUCAUUUGUUAUGAGGCGCUCGAUCUGGAAGACAAUUUCAGUAAGAUGAUGGUCCAGAACCUUGCCACUCGAGGAUUAAGUAUGGCGGGAUUCGAAGCGAAUCGGUCGAUAGAUUCGCAGAUCCAACGGUUCAAGGAGCAUGGGUUUACGGAGAUUGUGUGUACGGAUAUCAAGGCUUUACGCACCCGUUCUUGUGCAGGAAAUCAAAAGGAUGGAGAUCCAGAUGAGGGGGAGGCGGAAGGAUGGAAGGCUAGAUGGAGUGCUGAGUUGGAUAGGAUUAGGAAACUCGAGUUCUUGGAUGAGGUCGAGGAACUGGAAUUGAUCUUGCUCCAUUAUGCGCUCUCUUGGGCUCGAAAGAAUUUCAUCCUACCUUCUUCUUCUUCGUCAACUACUAAUGCUACUACUACUAAAUCUACUGUUGGCUUCUAUUUACCCAAGUUUUAGGUUUUGUUGGUUGCAUUUUGUAUUCAUUUAAUUAAUUGAAUUCUAUUCAUAAAUUUGAUACACCAUUAUCAAGAAUAUUUCCUUUUCAUGUCUCCCAUAUGUCUUCAUAGCAUUGGAUGCUUUAUUUAAGAUUUUCCUCUGGUCCAUUCAUCUCUGCUCUAAGCUUGGAGACUUACAUGAU